AUGGCAGAAACAUUCCCAAAACCUAGAGUGUCCAAAAGCUCGCAGAGUGUGCAGCUAGGUUACGAGUUACCGCAUCGGGUGUUCAGCACAAAAGCAUAUCCCAUAUUAUCACAAAACGGCUCUACGGUCAUUAUCUAUGGUCAUGACAAUGGUGUGAAGAUAGUCUGGAGGGGUGGAAAGAAAUUCAAACCCCAACAACCAGCAGCUGCAGCUAACAUGAAGGCGAACGGCGCUGGAAGUUCUGCUGUCAUUUCACUCGACUCCGACGAUGAAGGCGACUCUGCGAAGCAGCCUUUCGAAGACAAGCCUGAAUUCGAGGCGAGUGAAGAAGAGCUAAAUCCUUUACACCCACACCCUGCCACUCUUCAAGAGCUCGACUUGUGGUUCGGAACAGAAGUCCUGGACCUGGCCGUACUACCAUCCACUAUCUUGAAAGCGGACAGUCCGUCAUGGCGUGGUGUAGAUGUGUUGAAGCACAAGAUAGUCUUCGCGGCCUCAUGCUCCGAUAACUCUGUUCGACUGGUCACUCUGCCCCUCACUCCACCAUCGCCUGCCAGCAAAGCAAGACCUGAACUUCGAAGCGAUUUCACACUUGCCAACGCUGGAAAAGGUACUUGGGGAGAAACAGUCGUGGUUCUUAAUGGGCAUCAGAAGCCUUCGGACGGAGUCUCGGUGACGGUGGAUAUUGUUGGAGCAAGGUCAGAUUCAAAAGCUGCUGCAGAUCCACAGAUUGUCGUUGCGUCACAUUCCAGGGAAGUGACUGGCCUCUUGCGUCUAUGGCGAGUUCCUCUUAAGUCUCCCCAACCACAGGUUGAGCCAUUCCAAUCGAUCUCUCUUGCCUCUCCCGCGAAAUCUAUCUCGUUUAAUCCAUCCUUAUCAAGUCAAUAUACAAGCCAUCUCUUGGUCGCAGAAGCUGUGGGAGUUUGCCGGAUCUAUGAUUAUAAGCUGCUUCUCAAGCCAAACGAGGAGUCUUCAGAGAACGUCGCAGCAGAGCACGGAACGUGGCUUCUCUCCCUAUACGCAGGUUUCCCGUCCCUGAAGAACGAUCCUCAAGCACAGCAGGCAGGAGCCCACACAGGCUUCGGUCGGAAAACAGUUGUUGAUGCACAGUGGGUUUCUGGGGGACGAGCCAUCAUUGUGUUACUCAAUGACGGAGAAUGGGCUAUCUGGGACAUCGAAGGUGUCGGUCCAAAUGCACCACAGGGAAUUCUCGGACGCCAAGGAAUCAAGGGAGGUUCGAUAUCAGAAUACAGCUUGACUGGGUAUAUCGAUGGUGCUGCCAAAGUACGACCUUCAGGACCGCCACAGAUUACUAGCUCGAAAUUUGCACCAAUGACCCCCGGAAGCCGGAAAGCAGCGAAUCCAUUCAACGAGCGAGGGUCUGACAGUCGCGUGCGUGGCCAGAUCUCGGUAGUUGAGGUGCGAUCCUCGUCCACUACAGCUCCUUCUGAAGAAUCGAUAUUGUUCUGGCUGGGCGACACAUAUGCUGUUAUACCAAAUCUCGCGAAAUACUGGGCAGCAAAUGCGCAGAAGACUGCCGGAUCAGGCAGCCUUUUCGGCGGUCCUUCUGGUGCCCGGAUGGUUAAGCUUGAGAGUGUCGACCUUCAAGGCGAGCGCUGCUCAGGCAUUGAGCAAAUCGCCAAGUCUUCGACAAAUCCAGCAGGGUUGUUAUCAGAGAUCCUGAUAUUGGGCGAACACAGGUAUGUCUUGCUCGUCUUUGGAAAGCCAGUGGGAAGUGAGCGACCAGCCGAGAAGUCAGCGAGCCGACUUGCAUUGGUCGAGAAGAGCAUAAAUGGUGGGGAACUGGAUGUCGGUGGCAUUGAGCAGGCACUGGCGAGAAUGGAAAACGGCGGAUCAAAACGAAAACUCUUCUAG